AUAGAUAAACACAUCUGUUUCAAUUCGGCUAGCAUGCAUUUCCAUGGCAGGAUCCUCCAGUUAUCAGAUUUCGAUGGAGGCACGUUUGCUGUCGGAAGCAAGUAUUUCAGCGCAACCAUGUAAAUUAACGUCUUGUUGUUAUUAAUUGAACUGGUGAAAUUAGUUAUCGGUAGUAAACGAACCCGUUAUUUGAUGGCAAAGUUUAACUGGCAUAGCGAAGUAAUCGCUUCGUUCGCCUAUUCUGGGAGGUUCUUCCCUGGCAUCUUCGUUCUUCCUGGUUUGUGUUGUGCAGGAAUCAUUACAGAAAGAAUAAAAAAAGCAGCAUGGAAAUUCAAUGGCAAAGUGAUGUGCGUUUUUCUACACAUUUUUGGUGUCUCGUCCGAUUCUGUUUAAAAUGCAAACACGUUGGAUAGUAGUGUCUCUCGGACUUGUGUGGAGGGGGAACAGUGUGGACGUAGCCUAUUCUCUAUCUAUCAGCCAGAAGAAACACGGUAAGGAAACAGGGGAAGAGAAAAACGGUGAUCUGAUGGCUAGCAUGCCAUUGAGGGACAAACAAGAGAGAUGAUUGCCAUCUCGUUUUAAUUUCAACUGGCCUUUUUUUGUAUGGACUAAACAGCUGAAAGCAACACCCCAAAAUGACUCGGUGGAAUUAUUCAUGCCAUAGCAUUAAUAUAAUUUUAUAUUAUACCUGAGACUCCAAAGCUCCUCUGAACCCCUCUCAAUCUUGCUCCGCUCUCGUCUUGUUGAAAUAGAAUAUCACAUUUUCGCUCAAAACCAUGUUAAAGGUUCCCCUUAAAUACAGUUCCCGUUAAAUUCAAGCUUUGGCAUUGUCCCAUGAGUGACUGGGUCGAAAAUGAACGUGAGGGGAUUCCGUUUGAUCUUAUUGCUGUUUGGAUAUGCUAAUCGCUCACACUGAAAGCUAUAUCAUGAUGGUUUUGUAUUGGCAUCCGUUGACUCCCGAAAAGAAACCGUCUCUGCCCAUCCAUUAAAAAACUUCCGCAUUGACUAUCAUAGGCUACACUUGGUAACAGAAAAAAUGUAUAAAGGAAUGAUACAAUCUAUUUACAUUGUCAUAUUUGGAUUUCUAUUGACCAAGAUUUGUGCCCGGCAGCCAUACUUUUUAUAGACACCUCUGAAAUUUUGUUUUGAUACCAUAGCUAGAGAAGGCUACUUGAAACAAAUAGCCUCGCACUUGGCAAUAAUAAUAAUAAUACUAACAAAGCCCCCGUUGGCUCCCAAAUCAUGCAAACUAAAUGCCUGAUUCAUCCAACUCCCUUUAUUGAUACCGUCUAUUUCGCCCUACAGCUGCAUUUUGCCUAUGUGGGCUAGUUCAUGAUGUUUAAGUACCGGAUCCGUAUGUUUUUCAAUGAACUGAAAGUGCUGGUUUUCAUGCGGUCUGGCUCAAGACGGGAGACCGAUUCAGACACAGACACAGACAGGCGCACGAGCAGCAUGCGAGGGCUCGGGGUAGGAGGCUGCGGGUGGCCACGCUUCGACUGCUCUACUCGGGACGAUGAGGAGGAGUACUAUGGCACCGAUCCCCGGCCGCGCAGCCUGGCAUUCGAGGAGAAGGAUCCGAAGCUCCAAGCAGGCCUGGACGCGGUGUCGCUCACAAGCAGCUUGGACAGUGGCAUGCGCUCGCCGCAGUGCCGGAUCUGUUUCCAGGGCCCCGAACAGGGGGAGUUGCUGAGCCCGUGUCGCUGUGACGGCUCUGUGCGCUGUACUCACCAGCCCUGCCUCAUCCGCUGGAUCAGCGAGAGAGGCUCCUGGAGUUGUGAGCUCUGCUACUUCAAGUACCAGGUCCUGGCCAUCAGCACCAAGAACCCACUGCAGUGGCAAGCCAUCUCUCUGACGGUGAUAGAGAAGGUGCAGAUAGCAGCCAUCAUCCUGGGUUCUCUGUUCCUUAUCGCCAGCAUCUCCUGGCUGGUGUGGUCGUCCCUCAGCCCUUCGGCCAAGUGGCAGCGCCAGGACCUGCUCUUCCAGAUCUGCUAUGGCAUGUACGGCUUCAUGGACAUUGUGUGCAUAGGUCUUAUAAUUCAUGAGGGAUCGUCUGUAUACCGGAUCUUUAAGCGCUGGCAGGCGGUGAACCAGCAGUGGAAAGUACUGAACUAUGAGAAAGACAAGGACCUGGGCGACCCUGUCAGCUCCAGCAGCAAGGGUGGGGGGCGUGGGGGUCGAAACCCUCCCCACAGUUCAGCCGGGGCGGACAGGGGAGGCCGGGCAGGCCAGCGUGUUAGGACUAUUCUCAACCACCACUGUGGCUACACCAUCCUGCACAUCCUCAGCCAGCUGAGGCCCAGCAAUGCACGCAUCAGCGCCACGACCAACCGUGAGGUGGUCAUGAGGGUCACCACCGUAUGAGACCGGACUCUGCGGGUGCAAGGGAUUUGGACAACAGCCACCAACCCCCCUGAUCCACCUCCUUAAAACCCCCAAAUGACUCUCACCGUUCGCCCCUGGCCUUACACCCCCCCCCCCCCCCCCCGCACUGAGUAUCUCCCUAAGCCCAAAGUGUGGCGCAGUGAGAGUGAACAUAAACACAACGGCAUAGACGCAGAGAUCCUGCUUCUGAUAACCCUCCUAUGAGACACGAGGGGAGGGAGAGCAGCACAGUUAGAGUGUUGUUGAAGUUACAGACACAGACUGUAGGACAAAACCAUUAAUAAAAAAAUACUAAAAGGAAAUGGCUUCAAUAAAAAAAUUGAAAAAAAGCUGGAAGGCUUUCUUUCGCCAGUAUUGUCAUUAUUCCUGUUCUUCUAUUUUCUGAAGAAAACCUCAAAGUAUUGUUACUGAUUUAGAUUUUAUAAUCGAGAACAUGUUGAGGAAAAAUGGCAAGGGACAUUUUCUUACAUCUGCCCCACAAACCCAUGCCACCAAUUUUGACCCACAUCUCCCCCUCCUCAACUCAACUCAUCCCUGUAUCCCCAUACCCUCCCCUUUUCUCUUUCUUUUUCUUCACGGUGUCUGUGAAAUACAUUCCCUGUCCACCUGUAACCCCUAAACUGUCCCUUUGGCGCAAAGCAGACAUGGAACCCUCUAAAGGAUACGAGCAAAAAAGUGCAAUAAAACUAUUUAAAGAGAUAUGACUGACACAUCUGAAUGAGAUUCCAACAUUACAAUUCAUCUUCUGCA